AUGUUUAACUUCAUUAAUAGAUCUAUUGGUCAAUCACCAAUAACUAAUAUACUUUUACAAACUAGAAAUAAAAUGAAAACUUCCAAAACUAUAAGAAAUAGAAUUUUUAUAACUGCUGAAGGUAUUAAAAGAAAAAGAGCGGGCACAAAUCAUGGUAAUGGUAGAUUUAGUGCUCCAUCAUUAAAACAUCUUAGAGGUUUUAUAACGAUACCAAAAACACAUGGAUUAUUAAAAAGAUAUAAACAAUUUAUAAAAUAA